GUACUCCACUAGUUAAUACUGGCUAUGUUGUUUGUUGUUGUUUAACACAACCUGUCAGAGGGAGAAAUCAAACACAACUUUAUCCUUCGGACCGCUACGGCGAGCAGAGUUUUGCUAUGCAGAGUUUCAUCCUGCUAGCUCCUCAUUGAAGCUGCUGCUUCUUAUUUUUCAUGGAACUCGAUUUUCUAUCCGCACACAUGCGUAAUCCGCCACUAAUAUUUCGAGGCAUCAUUUCGAGCCUUUAUCCCGUGCCUAAAACCUGCUUGAUGUUAUGCCCCAAUAAACCUCAGCUGCGUAAUAUUUCCCUCUUUCCCUCUGUUCGCUUUAACUGUUUCUCAUGCGCUGCUCUACAAACAAUUGAACCCAACUCCCCAUCAGUUGAAAACCCAAAACUUCAAUAUUCCUUUGGGUCUAAAAGGUUGAGUAAAGGGUUGAAGUAUGGUGCUAAGGAGAGAUUUUUGAUUCUGAACAAGAAAAAGGGGGUUAAAUGGUACUCUGAAAUGCUCAAAGAUUAUGCUACUAAGUUAUGUUUGAAGGAAGGUAAAGCUUUACACGGUGAAAUUAUUAGGAGUUGCAUAGAAACCGAUUCGCAUUUAUGGGUUUCUUUGAUUAAUUUUUAUUCGAAAUGUGGUGAUUUAGUUAUGGCGGGCAAUGUGUUUGAUUUAAUUCCAGAGAGAGAUGUUGUCUCUUGGACAGCACUGAUAGCAGGGUUUAUAGCUCAAGGGUAUGGCAGUAAAGGUAUUUGCUUAUUUCGUGAUAUGAGGGGAGAAGGUGUUAGGCCUAAUGAGUUCACUUUGGCGACAGUUUUAAAGGGUUGUUCGAUGUGUUUAGAUUUGGAGUUUGGCAAACAACUACAUGCCGAGGUUGUUAAAGUUGCUGGCUUUUCGGAUAUUUAUGUUGGUUCUGCUCUUGUUGAUUUGUAUGCUAAAUGUUGUGAAUUGGAAUCUGCUGUUAAUGUGUUCUUUUCCAUGCCCGAGCAGAAUUCGGUGUCGUGGAAUGCUUUACUUAACGGGUAUGUGCAGGCUGGUCAAGGAGAGGAGGCUUUGAGAUUGUUCUCGAAGAUGUCGGAUUCAGAGAUGAGGUUUAAUAAUUAUACUCUGUCUACUAUUUUGAAGGGGUGUGCCAGUUCACCAAAUCUGAGAGCUGGCCAAGUUAUCCAUUCGUUGUUGGUCAAAAUUGGGUGUGAACUUGAUGAUUUUACAAGCUGCAGUCUUGUAGAUAUGUAUAACAAAUGUGGUCUGCAAGACGAUGCCCUGAAAGUGUUUUUGAGGACUAAAAAUCCUGACACUGUGGCAUGGACUGCAAUGAUCAGUGGACUUGAUCAGCAAGGACAGAAGAGGGAAGCUGUUCAGCUUUUUUGCUUGAUGAGGCAUUCAGGUUUGAGGCCUAAUCAGUUUACACUAGCUAGUCUUAUUAGUGCAGCGGCUGAUUCAGUGGACUUAAUUUGUUGCAAAAGUAUCCAUGCUUGUGUUUACAAAUUUGGUUUUGACUCAGAAGAGUGUGUCAGUAAUGCAUUGAUUGCAAUGUACAUGAAAUUUGGGUCAGCUUUUGAUGGGCAUCGUGUAUUUUCUUCUAUGAGUAAUAGGGAUAUAAUUUCGUGGAACUCUCUUUUGUCUGGGUUCCAUGAUAAUGAAACUUCUUAUGAAGGACCUAGAAUCUUCAGGAACUUGCUUGUGGAAGGUUUGAGGCCAAAUAUGUACACGUUCAUUAGCAAUUUGAGAUCUUGUGCAAGCCUCUUAGAUGCCACUCUCGGGAAGCAAGUGCAUGCCCAUAUAGUUAAAGCUAACCUUGGUGGGAAUAAAUAUGUAGGAACUGCUCUGAUUGAUAUGUAUGCUAAGUGUGGGCAUUUAGAUGAUGCAGAAGUGAUCUUUUACAGAUUGAGUGAAAAAGACAUCUUCACUUGGACAGUUGUCAUUACAGGUUAUGUGCAGUCUGAUCAAGGAGAAAAGGCUUUUCGAUGCUUCAAUCAGAUGCAAAGGGAAGCUAUUAAACCCAAUGAGUUCACUCUUGCUAGCUGUCUGAGAGGUUGUUCUGGUAUAGCGAGCCUAGACAAUGGGCAGCAGUUGCAUUCCUUGGUAAUAAAGUCUGGGCAGUUCAAUGAUAUGUAUGUGGCUAGUGCAUUAAUUGACAUGUACGCAAAAUGUGGGUGUAUCAACAAUGCCGAGUCUCUAUUUAAGAGCGUGGGGUCCUGUGAUACAGUGUUGUGGAACACAAUUAUAUUUGCCUACUCCCAACACGGGCUAGAUGACAAAGCAUUGGAAGCAUUUAGAACCAUGUUAAGUGAAGGUAAUCUGCCUGAUCGGAUUACCUUUAUUGGUGUCCUUUCUGCAUGCAGCCAUCUGGGCCUGGUCAAAGAAGGAAGAAGGCAUUUUGACUCAAUGAAAGUUGUGUUUGGUAUCACUCCUUUGAUUGAGCACUAUGCUUGUAUGGUUGAUAUUCUUGGCCGUGCAGGCAAAUUUGAUGAUAUGGAACACUUCAUUGAGGGUAUGGAGCUUGCCCCUAAUGCCUUGAUAUGGGAGACUGUUCUUGGAGUCUGUAAAGCUCAUGGAAAUGUGGAAUUGGCUGAGAAAGCUGCAAACAUACUUUUCGAAAUUGAUCCAACAGCAGAGUCAAGUUAUAUAUUGUUGUCCAAUAUAUAUGCUAUAAAAGGGAGGUGGGCUGAUGUUUCAAAGGUUAGAGCAUUAAUGUCCAGGCAGGGUAUCAAAAAGGAACCUGGUUGUAGCUGGGUUAAGAUUGAUAAUCAAGUCCAUGUCUUCUUAUCUCAGGAUGCUUCGCAUCCUAGGUUAAAGGAUAUCCAUAAAAAGUUAGAGGAGCUGGCUUCAAAAAUUACUGCUGCAGGAUAUAUUCCAAACACAAACUAUGCACUUCAUAAUGUCUCUGACAAAGAAAAGAUAGACAACCUUUCACAUCAUAGUGAAAGGCUAGCUCUAGCUUUUUCUCUCAUGAGCAGCAAUAGAAAUAGUACUGUCAGGAUCUUUAAAAAUCUGUGCAUCUGUCGAGAUUGCCAUCAAUUUAUGAAGCUGGCAUCAAUCGUAACAAACCGAGAAAUAGUUAUUCGUGACAUUAACCGCUUCCACCACUUCUCUCUUGGAAUGUGCUCAUGUAAGGACUAUUGGUGAUUAUUGACUGGCUAACCCAUCAGGCAACCACAGCUGCAACAGAUCAAUAGUGCUUAACUGAAGUUCUAAAUGCAAGUCAUGAUAGUUCAAUAUGAAUAUAUUACUGACGUGGCAAAGUGAUGAGCUUUUAUUGGUGAAUAGUUUGUACAAGCUGUUCGAUGAAGAGUUGGUGGUAUCUGGCUUCUUACAUCUUGAUGGGACUGCUAUACAGAUUGACUUUGCUACACCGAAUCAGAGGUGGAAUGUCAUGAACAUCAUUUCAGUGUUGGAGUGUACUUCCAAGUCAAACCAAGCCUUGGAGUAUACCAAAUAGUAAGCGUCUGUUGUUGAUAGAAGCAUAGUGUUUAAAGAAAAGAUGACCAUAAGGCUUAUUUCUUCUCUCUCUGUGGCACUGUUUUUGCCGAGGGUCUGCCUUGAACCGUUGAAAAGGAGGUUCGGAGGUUCGUAUCACAUUGAAUCUGCUCAGCUGAAUGGUCUGCUGCAAAGCCUCAAGGAAAGAAGAGAGCAAAAAGAGAGGCUAAAGAACCUCGCAACUCUGUGCUUGAUAGGCAGAGAAUAGGAAAGAGGGAAGAAAUGUCACCUCAAUUUUAACUCUGAAGGGACCUGAUCUACUGAAUAGCUUUUAACAAGGGAUAAAAUUUGGCAAUUGGUUUACUCGCCUCAGAGACUGCAUUGAAGCUUCCAAGAUGGUUGAACGCCUUCUGUUAUUUGGUGCCAAAAUCCAUUAGCUAUGCUGUUGUACCUCACAAGAAGGCCAAGAGGGAGUCCCUCUUGCUUAUCCCCAUCUAUCUCAUAUGAAUCCUAUUAUAUCUUCAGAAAGCAUGAACUGAUGAUUAACCAUGGUUUAGAUACUAUUCUUGGUUAGUUAUCAUGUUCUCAUAUAUGUGUAGAUUACCAACUGCAUGAUUUAGCCUAACUUGAUGAAGCUGGUGUUGCUUAGAAUGUUGUAAAUCUCAGACGUAGGCAAAAGGCAACUGUAAUGUAACACUGCAGAACUGUUUUGAGUUUUUAACACAUUUAAAGAAGUUUUUUGGUCC